CCUGCGUGGCUGGACCCGAGGCAGACAUAUUUGUUAAGGGAAGGAGACCCGAGAGAACCUGACAACUUUUCCUCUCUUCACCCGAUCAAUGCUUGCCACCCAAAGUGAGCCCUGAAUUAUGGCGGCUUCUGCGCCGACGCCGCACGGAACUGGCUUUCCAGCAGAGGGGCGAUGUGGCUACUAUGUGGAAAAGAAGAAGCGCUUCUGCAGGAUGGUGGUGGCAGCAGGAAAAAGGUUCUGUGGUGAACACGCUGGAGCCGCGGAGGAAGAAAAUGCUCGGAAAAGAAUCCUGUGUCCUUUAGAUCCAAAACACACAGUAUAUGAAGAUCAACUAGCAAAACAUUUGAAAAAAUGUAACUCAAGAGAGAAGCCAAAACCUGACUUCUUUAUUCAAGAUAUUAAUGCAGGCUUAAAAGAUGAAACAGAAAUACCUGAACAAUUAGUUCCAAUUUCUUUUCUCUCUGAAGAGCAGAUGGAAAACUUAAUUAAGAAACUGAGAAAAGCUAGUGAGGGUUUGAACUCUACACUUAAAGAUCAAAUUAUGUCCCAUCCAGCAUUGCAUGAUGCCCUUAAUGACCCUAAAAACGGUGAUUCUGCAACCAAACAUCUGAAACAGCAGGCUUCUAUUUUAGGUAACAUUGAAAAAUUAAAGUUACUUGGUCCAAGAAGAUGCUUUGUUGAGUUUGGAGCAGGAAAGGGAAAAUUAUCUCAUUGGGUUGAUAUUGCCUUAAAAGAUGCUGAAAAAGUUCACUUCAUCCUAGUAGAAAAGGUGACCACAAGAUUCAAGGUAGAUGGCAAACACAGAAAGAAAAAUUCAGUGUUUGAGAGACUUCAAAUUGAUAUUCAGCACCUGUGUUUGAACAAGAUUCCUUUGCUAAGCAAAGAAAAACUACCUGUGGUAGGAAUUGGAAAACAUCUGUGUGGUGUGGCAACAGAUCUUGCAUUACGAUGUUUGGUUGAAACCUAUGCUGCCAGUUGUGAGGAAAGGAAUGAAGAACCUUUAGCCAAACGCGUAAAGAAUGAUAAAACAGAAAAAGAAAUUAACACUUUGGCCAAGGAAGGAAAUGAAAAAAAUAUCCCAGAGAAGUGGACCCCUGUGGCUGGCAUUGUUAUUGCACUCUGUUGUCACCACAGGUGUGAUUGGAGACAUUAUGUGGGCAAAGAAUAUUUCAGGGCUCUAGGCCUUGGAGCAGUGGAAUUCCACUAUUUCCAGCGAAUGAGUAGUUGGGCGACUUGUGGGAUGCAAAAAACAUCUUUGGAAGCUUCAAAUAUCUCCACAAAAAGAAAAGAUAAACAGAAUGAUGGCAGUGAAGAGCAUGAUGAUGGAGGAUACAGAAUCACAGAUGACAGCACUGAGAGUUUGCCUGGGUUUCUUACUGUUGAAGAAAAGAAGAAAAUAGGGCAUCUUUGUAAAUUGCUGAUUGACCAAGGCCGAAUCAACUAUUUACAGCAGAAAGGAUUCAAUCCCGCUUUACAGUAUUAUACAGACCCUCUGGUGUCUUUGGAAAAUGUAUUGUUAACUGCUCUACCAAAUCAUUCUUCAUCACCAGAAACAACUGCUUAAUGGAAAAGAAAUUUUGAACAUCUGUCUUCCACCAAAAAAAUUUUUUUAAUUGUAUUUUUAUAUUCAUGAAAAUAUAAUUUAAAUAGCAGAUAAUAUGAACUUUAAAAAAUGUGGCCUCGUUGAACUUUGGUAAUGGCUUUGUUUUUUACUUUAGAAGUCCAAACAUUAGAGAAUUCACCAAAUUCCCAAAGUAAUCCUCUUCAGCAGGACAUCUUGAAUUAUAUUAUCCAUCAGCAUUUAUAGAGUUUGGUAAAGUAGUAGAGCAGUUGACUUGGUUACCUGAAACACACAUAACAUGUCAACAUGUAACUAGCACAUUAACUUUCUAUUUGCAUUAAUUUUGGAAACUUAUUUUCCUUUGGUUUUAUUUAAUACUUUUUAUUUUUCAAGUUCAAGAUGUAAUAAUCAAUUGUCAGUUUAUAACAAGGACCAAUCUGAGAAGUUCGUUUAUGUAUGGAUUUUUUUGUCCAGGCAGAUCUGGAAAGAAUAAUUCAUUGUGAUUAUUUGUUUCUGCUGCAAACAAGUUCAGAGAUGUUCACAAUCAAUUAAUGAACUCACCUUCAGAUUUCAAGAGCCAUACCUGUGUUUAUAUAUUAUCAAUCAGAAUUUGUCCAUGACAGACACCAAAACUAAAAAGAUAUUUUCAAGGAAAAAAACUAUUUCACUUCAUUUUUUUAAUUAGUUAAUUAUCUAGUGAGAACUUCCAAAAAGAUACUUGUUAAGCCUAAUUCACAAAUUAAAUUGAAAUUUGCAAAUAACUUCUGAAGUUAAUUAGGUGUCAUAUCUUUUAAAAGGUCAUUUUUACAUAUACAAGAACAAAUAUAAGUAUAUUCUCUCCUGUUCGGGAAAGUAAUUUGGAAUAAAGUAGAAAUUAGAUAAUAAUACCAAAAACCUCACUUUCGGGCCUCAUUUAGCUCAUAAGCAGUUUCUAUGCACAAGCAAACAUUAAACCAAACAUAUGGUAAGACUGUUAGUCUUUUCCUCAUCUUAUCCUUGGUUUAUUUCUGCCUUAUUUGUAAAAAUUAUCUUAAUCAUUGUACAUUUGCCAAGACAAAGAUACAGAAUUACUGAUUGUAGAUAUUAUAAUGAUAUUCUUAGGUAACUAUUAUUUGUAGGUCUAUGAUUACCUUAAUUAUAAAUUAGAAGUCUAGCUCAUUUUUAGUUUCUGACCUUUCUACUUUAGUUUAAUCUUACAUGUCUUAUGAGACUGCCUAGGUUCAAAUCCCAACCCUACUACUUGAUCUCUUUGUGCCUCAAUUCCCCGCUUAAAAUGGGGGUGAUGAAGAUAAUAAUAAUACCUCACAGGGUUGUUAUGAGCAUUAAAUGAAAUAACACAUUAAAAUGCUUAGAACAGUUCUAAGUACGGAGUAAGUGCUCAAUAAAUAUUAACCGUUUUUAAUAGUAGUAAUUCAUAAUAUUUUUAAUGAAAUAGGCAGACUUGGUUUUAUUAUCUCUGUUUAAGUUGUAACCUUUUUUCUCUUGUUAUAAGUUCUAUGUCAAAUAUUAUUAAAAUAAGGUAGUUUGUUUAAAUUAGCUACUCAUGCCCCCAAAUCAAAACAUAAAUGAAGAUAACAAUACGUCAUUCAAUAAUUAACCUGAUUUUACUCAGUUAGGCAAUGCUAAUUUGUGUUAUACAAUCUGUUUUGCUUCAUUCAACAAUUUAUGCCCAGAAAUAAAAGCUAUCCUACAACAGGCAUUAUCUCUGUUAUAUUUCAUAAAACAUACACACACACACAAGAAUUAUACUGAUAGAGUCCUGUGGCCCAAUGAAUGUUUCUGACAAUGAUACCAAGUCCUCUAUGGGAAGAUAAG